AUGCCAGGCCCAACUCCAAGUCACGAUGGGUACCUUCCCUACUUUCUGCUGUUUACAGCUUUUCUAGCCACUGUACAUUCAGUCAUCUGCUAUGUCUCCCCACCAUCCGCCGGGCUUCGCCAAUUCUCCGGCCACCUUUCUCCGCCGCAUACGCAGCUCCUGGCUCAUGUGUACGGAGUGAAGAACAUCUACACCAGCCUGAUUCGUGCAUAUGCUGCGUUCAACGUCAACAAUCGCGCGCUGUACGACUUGGCAACAUCCACCUACGUGCUGGUUCUGUUUCUCUUCAUCACCGAGUUGACGGUGUGGAAGACUGCGCGGGUGCGGGAGUCGGUCUUUCCUUUUCUCAAUGCGGGGGUUGGCCUGACGUGGAUGAUGGCGGCGAGGGGAUGGUACCUGGCAAAUUAA